CAUGCUGAGUUGCAAAGCCAUCAAACACUGUGUGACUACAUAUAUUAACACACACCCUUCAGUUCCGGCUACCUCCACUACUCUUCACCUUCUCUUAACGACAACACUGACAAGAAAUCCAACCUUCUAAGUCUACGUGUUAGCAUUUGAUUGGUGAGAGUUUUCUUCUUAAGAUUGAUUUCCUUUCUCUUUCCUCUUUGUUAUUGCUCUCUAGUCUCUUUAAUUCUGUCCCCAUUCACAUCAUCAUUUUCUUCUGAGCCUCAGAUCUGAACUCUCAUCCACAACCAUGGCUCCAGAAAAGGUAACCCUCAUGAAGCUCAAGGUUGAUCUUGAAUGUGAGAAAUGCUACAAAAAGGUCAAGAAAAUUCUCUGCAAGUUCCCUCAAAUUCGAGACCAGAAGUACGACGAGAAGGACAACAUUGUGUUCAUUACCGUGGUAUGCUGUAGCCCUGAGAAGAUUAGGGACAAGCUAUGUUGCAAAGGUGGGGGUACCAUCAAGAGCAUUGAGAUAGUGGAACUGCCGAAGCCCAAACCGCCUGAGCCUGAGAAGAAGAAGGAGGCCGACAAGCCCAAGGCGGCUGAGCAUGAGAAGAAGAAAGACGGGGAAAAGCCCAAGGCUGCUGCUGAGCCUGAGAAGAAGAAGGAUUCCGAGAAGCCCAAGGCGGCGGAGCCUGAGAAAAAGAAAGAUGGGGACAAGGAAAAGCCCAAGUCAGAUGGGCCAAAGAAGGGAGAUGAGAAGCCCAAGGACAAACCCGCACCCGGUCCGAUACCGGUCCACCCAGUGGGGCCACCGCCAAUGGCAGUGCCAGUUGGGAUGAUGUAUGCUCCAACUCCUUGUUACGAGGGCAGGCCUGCCGGGCCGGGCUUCUAUGAGUAUGGUGGGCCGAUGCCAUGUUAUGACGGGUAUUAUGCGAGGCCCGUUUAUGAUAGUUAUGGUGGAAGCAGACCCUAUUAUGUGAACAAUCGGUGUGAUCAGUAUUUCAGUGAAGAAAAUCCAACAGGGUGCUCAAUUAUGUGAUCAUCACCACAUCCACGCCAUUGCACAUUCUCUCAACUCCAAUCAUGUUCUUCAAGUAACUAUUUCUUUGUAUUUGUUUUUAAGGUUCAUAUCAUAUGUUUCAUAGGAAAGAUAAAAGGAAUGACUAUGAGUUGGUGAAAUAAUAAAAGGUUAUUUAGAGGGGAUUAAAUGCUAAGAUGCAUGUUAUUUCGUUACAAGUUUGAUAAAUUAAUAAAGUUUCUCUACAUAUCUAUAUAGCAA